AAUAAUUACGAGAACUAUGAUGUUGUAAACUCGCCUAACAAUCAAAUAUUUGAAGCUGACUUGGUAGUGUUGACCAAUUCGUCAGAGUCUGCUGACGGACAGAUAUCUCGACCUAUCAUUGUCCCGACCGUUGGGAAUUUAACUGACUAAUCGAAGAGGAGUUUACUGCACCGUUCAACUGGAUAACCAAUGUAAACACGGCGGGAGAAAGUGGUCCCGAUGAUGAACUGAGUUGGACAGUCAUUAUAUUCCCUUGUUGAGAGAUGUCGUACUCCGAUCGUCUGCAGUAUCUUCGGGAUCAGAACAAACAGCUAUUGCAAAGGUUAAGAGAAGAGCGACUAAGGUUUGCGUCUCCCAGCAGUGAAGGACUUGACUCAGCAGUCAGUGGAACAGCUGCUGACUACCAAAGGAACAGCUACAGGGGCAACAGAUUGCAGGGAGAUCAAUGUUUCAUGAGGAAUUCCAGUGAGAAAUACAAAACUUGUGAGCUGCUUGAGCAAGAAAUGAAGAAUGAUGCCUUACAACAACCCAGUGAGGUGGUUAUAUCUGAAUCCCUACAGAAAAGGGGAGACUCUCGAGCGGCACUUUGUACUCCCUCAUUGCACAGAGCUAAGAAGCAAGGUUGGACCCUUGGCGCAGGGGAUGGAGCAAACAUAAGGCUGGCUGACAUGCUGCCUCUCAGUAGGGCCAAAACAAUUUCCAGUGUAGAGAAAAACUGUUCCACGUUAGCGGUUCCAUCACCUGAAGAAAGCUUUAUCUCUGCAGAAACACUGGGCCAGAAAUGGGAUACGCAAAAGUUGGAUCCCCAGAGUUGUAAUGCGUCUGAAUGUUUCCAAAGCUCAGCUCCUUUUACCAAGCCUCCUCCUGACCCAACAUUAACAGAUCACGCAGAGUGCCCUGCUCCAGUACCAAGUACAGGGGGAACUGGCUGCAGGCAAAGCACUUCUCAGCACUGUUCCCUGUUGCUUCAGUCCCUCAGUGAGAAUCCAAAGCCAAGGUCCAAACUGGAUCCACCAUUAUAUGUGGAUCAGCUGUUGGAUGUGGGCAAUGAUCGUCAUAGCAAGCAUUUCAUCAGAAACGCUCAGAAACCAAAAUCAAUCCUCUUGGAACCACAUAACAAAAUUGUGAAGAAGGAUGUGGGCCAUGUGACAUUCCAGUCCCCAGAGGAGGAAUCCAGCUUAAGUACCGAGGUUCGGUCUGUCCAGCCUCUCCUGGGCUAUGAUUGGAUAGCAGGUCUGAUAGAUGUGGACUCACCACUCUCCGAACAAUCUGAGGAGUACUUUUUGGAACUGCAGAAUUUCCGAAGGGUGAACAAAGAAGAAUGUGUCCAUCAGGACUGCACAGAGUAUGUUUGUGCAGGAGCUUUCCAUAAGACAGCAGAUACUGAGAUUGGAUGGGGGAGUACAUGGGAAAAGGAGCUAAAUGAUAAGAUCACUGAUCAAGAAGAACACAUCCCCAACAGCCAAAUUCAUCAGUGCACACAUUCUUACCGUGUUAAUAGUCGCUUGUUUGCCGUCCCACUGGAACCAGCAGCAGCAUGCCCUGUUUGCAAAACUCCCAAGUCAAAGCGUCCACACACCUUGGAAGAGCCUGCGUAUAUCAGGGUCAGUAUCCCCAGAUCAACUUUACUCCCUCCACAUAAGUAUAAGCCACACCGUCGGAAGAGCUUCAAUCCUACUGACAGCUUGUCAUUGCCUUCGCAUUGUCUUUUGGGCUGGGAAAAUUCCAUGCCUUCUGCAGCUCCUGUUGCAGGCACCUUAGACUUGCGCAGCGCACUGGAACACAAAAGACCUUCGGUGCUAUUGACUCCUAAUUGCUCCAAUAUGGGUGCAGCUGCAGUGUCUCGAGUGGCUGGAAGCACCAGAUCAGAUGAGUUACUGGAUUUAUCACGUUCAACUCAAUACCAGUUUCAGAAACUAGAGCAGAGCCUGAAAUUGAGGUGAAACAGGCCUCAUUCACCCUUCUUUAGGUGCGUGUGUACCCAGUAGCAAGAAUUCAUUGAUUCACAGGUACAGUUCCCCAUCACGAUACUAGGACGUAUCUUAUCUCUGAACCUGAGCUUUUCACUCCAGCUGUGCAAGUUUCACUCAAUUGGCUGUUGUGAAGUGCCGAAUUAUCAGAAAUGUAGAAUGUCUGCUGAGGAGAAUCCUAGGAAAUUGUCUACCAUUUCUGAUUUUGGAAUGUCUUUCUUGGAGGGUAAAGUACAGCCUAUUUGGACGAGAGACAGCAUGUAUACCUGCACAUACCACAUACACCUGUAUGAUGGGUUGGCUGUCUUGUGCACUCAUCUAAGUGCUCAUUCAUUUUGGCAUGGAUACGUGCCUAAGUAUCAGACAAUUUAUGAAUAUCCCAAUCGUUGCCUUGACUUGUGGGUGCUUCUCCCACAGUGGAGUUUGCAUAUGCCAUCGAUAGAUGUUAAUUCUUUCUGUGUUGCAAAUAUUUGCCAUGUGUGGCAAAUGUGUCACAAAAUGGAAUUGAUAGCAAAGGAGAUUUUGCUCUUAUUUUAAUAUUUUUAUGCUUUUAAUAUGGAUUUAAUGUUUGUUUUUGUUCAUGGAAAAAUCACAAAUCUAAUUAUUUGAAUUCAAUAAUUCAAUAGGAUUAUGGUGUGGAAAUGUGGCUGGGAAUCCCACUCAAACAUAUUAAUCUGAUUUGGUUGUUGAGGGAAGCACAAGACUGAGUUACAGCUAUUCCAACAAUGUAUCAUUGUCAAUUCAUAAAUUUUAGUUUCACUUAUAUUUUAUGUAUCCUUUGAAGUAUUCUGAAAAUUAUGCUCCCGUGGCUCUCAUUGAACUUGUAGUGAAGUUACAAAUAUAAUGGGAUAAGGAUAAAUAUUGGCCAGGACGUUAGGGAGAAUUCUUCUUUUCCAAUAGUUAAGAUGUCUUUUAUGUCUGAGAUAGGUAGAGACUUAAUUUAACAUUCAAAGAAAAUUGGCAUGAUUUAAAAACUCUCUCAGUUUUGUAAAUGAAAUAAUUAUUUGCACUUGAAGUGAAUGAUGAAUUUGUAACCGUUGUAAAUUCUGAGAGUUUAUUUUGAUCACUUGUAGAAAUUUAACUGGUGUGUAUCUAUCAUUACCUGUAUGCCUUGUGGAGGAAUCAAGAUUCUUAAACUGAGCUGCUAAGAGUUCACAAAAAGCAGUUGUUUCUGCUAAGUCUGUUUUUCUACAGGCACUAAAAAGAGACUCAUUUUGCAAUGUGUGUUCUAUUCUGAAUGACUAAAGAACAGACCAAUGUCAUAUAACUGAUAACACCUUAUAAAGCCACUGGAUGAAUUAUUACAAGUAUCUAGAACAGUAAUAAACUAAUUAAAUAACAAAAAAAGGGUUUCAUUUUUUGUUCAACAAUUUGAAACAUCUUUGCAUGAUUUAUAAGGUUUCCUGAAAACCUGAAAAUUUGGGAAUGGUCCACCAAUAAUCGUGUAUCAGCAGAACUAAAUGUGUUGAAAUGUACAGGUAUAUUGAAUGCAAUAGUGUGAAAACUGGGCCAAAGUUUGGAAUAUAAGUGGCCACCACAGAGUUUCUGAUGCAUGUUUAUUUUGUGUGGUAGUGUUUUUUGCAAAUAAACUUAAUAUUUAAAUUCAGCUGAAUUGCAUAAGUCUACCCACAUCAGGGGUUCCCAAACUUUUUUAUGCCAUUGACCAAUAUCAUUAAGCAAGAGGUCCAUUGACUCCAGGUUGGAAACCCUGCUCUGAACAGA